GUGUCACAUGACUCCCAAUCCCAACUUCAGUUUCUCUCCUGUCACAUCCAAGUCAACUGGUGGGCGGGGCUGAGGUGACGAUCACGUGACAGCCCAGGGCUUCCAGGAGAGGUUGUAGCUGUACUGUAGAUUUCAUGAAAUGGACAAGAAAUUGCUGCUGGUAGAUGUGGACUGUGGAGUAGACGAUGCCCAAGCACUUAUGGUGGCAUUGGCGGCACCUCACGUUGAGAUCCUGGGAAUCACCUGCUGUCAUGGAAACUCUACUAUAGAAAAUGUUUGCAGGAAUGUUCUACGCGUCUUAAACACCUGCCACCGACUCCAGAUUCCUGUAUAUAAAGGUGCAGCUAGAUCACUACUGGGAAAUUCUCUCCAUGCCAGUGGUUACCAUGGAGUUGAUGGGUUGGGUGAUGUACCAGAUUCUACAUCUCCUGAUCUUGACCUGCUACAAAAAGAGCAUGCUGUUCUUGCAAUGAUAAGAAUAGUAAAUGAGUAUCCCAGACAGGUGUCCCUUGUUGUAACUGGUCCAUUGACUAACCUUGCUUUAGCUGUGAACAUGGAUCCCACAUUUCCACAGAAAAUUAAAAAUCUUUUUAUCAUGGGCGGUAAUAUGGAGUCAAGAGGUAAUACAACAGUGUGUGGCGAAUUCAAUUUUGCAUGUGAUCCGGAAGCAGCUUACAUUGUACUAAAUGGUUUUGAUUGUCCAACUCGUAUUGCAACGUGGGAAUUCACUUGUAGCAAUGCCCUUUCUUGGGAAUUUUACCAUAAGUGGAUCUCUCAGAAAACCGAAAAGGCAGAUUUCAUGAGAAAGAUAUCGGCCCACUCCGAAAAGUUCACCAAAACCAGUGCUGAGGAAAAAGCGGACUGGACCAAAGGAUUUGUUUCAUGUGACUCCUACGCUAUGGCUGCAGCAAUAGAUGACAAAUUUGUCACCGAUGCUAUUACUUGUGCAGUGGGGGUUGAACUCAGUGGCACAUUGACUCGGGGAAUGAUGGUGUUGGAUACAUUAGGCAUGCUACAAAGAAAGCACAAAGUCUUUGUUAUGACCAAAUGUGACACCGAAAAAUUGAAAAUCCUUUUGAUGGAGGCAUUACAAUAAUAUAAUGUGACAUAAGUGGUGACAGAAAAAUCACUACUGUUAAAAAAAUAAAUAAAAAAUCCAUUCAUCUAGGUUGAUAUUCUGGAGAUGUCUAUAACAUGUGUGGGGUUUUGCUCUGGUAGACAGGCUAGCGGACGCAGUAUAGAGGCAAUCACAAAGUCUUUAACUUAAACAGUUCGGUGUUUAUUCACACAUAAGGAAACACAAAAUGACCGUUCACAAUCUUGGUGUUUGUUCACACCAUGCAAUGUCCAUAUAACAAAAUCUUCACCUGGUUAGCAGUCUUUCUCCAGCCGUCCACAGGAGGCUUUAGGUGCCUGUUUUCCAGCAUGCGGCUUUCAAGCCUUUAGCACAGCACCAAUUCACAGAUCCCAAAACAGAGUCUCCACAGCUUCCCUGUUAGAUGGAGGAUCAACCACACUUAGCUGAAACUGCUCGCUGGGUUUUAUAUAGGCCAAUAAAGACCCGGGCUGGAGCGUGGGGAGAAGCCACCCACCGAGCACUUUGGCUACUCCCAGUAAGAGCCGGCCCGGAUCGGCUUUACAGCCAUACUAACAACAUCCAGUAUCAAUCAGCACUAGCUGCCGCUGGCACUUAAAACUACCGGCUCUUACCACACCGAGGCCAGAAAUCUCGAUGACACAUACCUUCCAUCUUGCGUCUUCCUACAUACCUCCCCCUUUUUUCAACCCUGAGGAGGGAACACCCGCCAGACAGUGUACCCGGGACAGGGCAUCUGCGUUUCCCUGUAACCUGCCUGCCCUAUGUUCCAGGGAAAAUGUAAAGUUUGUAAUG